AUCGACGAAAAGUGCAAACUCGUCAUGAUGCUGGUCCCAGCCACGCGGAUGCGCCUUUGUUUGGGACAUGCCGCAGCGGUGAUCGCCCCAACGUCUUGGAAAAGCGAGCUCCUAAACUCUCUUCCGACCGUGCAAUCGUGCUGCAGGCUUUUCAGCCAGAACGCCCAGGAUGGCGGCCUCGUCCGGCUAAGCAAGCUGAUGUCCGAACAAGGGAUUUGUUCACGCCGCGAAGCCGACAGCUACAUUCAGAAUGGAGGCGUUCGCGUGAAUGGCCGCUUCGUGACGGAACUCGGUACAAAAGUGCAUCCGUCGUCGAGGAUCGAGCUCACGCGGGACGCAAAACAGCACCUAACUGGAAAAGUCACUGUGAUUUUGAACAAACCGCUCAACUGUGUGUCUUCCCAGCCAGAGGAUGGCCACGAGCCCGCCAUCAAGCUCCUAGUUCCUGCCAACGAGUGCAAGGAGCUCAGCCUUCGCCAGCCAACGAAUCUCGAGCCUAAAGUCGCCAAGUACGGUCCUCUGUCUCUGCCGAAGAUGGCUGUGUGUGGCCGGUUGGACGUCAACUCGACCGGGCUGUUGCUCUUUACACAAGACGGCGCGCUGGCCAAGCAGAUCUUGGACCCGAACGGGAACGUAGAGAAGGAGUACCUCGUUCGAGUGAACUUGGUCUUGGACGAAUCCAAUCGAGCGACGAAAACCAUGAUUCAGCGGCUGCGCGACGGCAUCACGAUCGACAACGUGUUGUUCCAGGCCAAGUCAGUCGAAGUCAUCAACGAAAAUCAAAUGCGCAUCGUGCUCACGGAAGGAAAGCACCGACAGAUCCGUCGCAUGUGCGAGCAAGUUGGACUCAAAGUCGUCGCCCUCAAACGCGUCCGAAUCGGCAACAUCAAGCUGCGCAGUCUCCCCAUGGGCCAGUGGCGGUACCUUCAGCCGUUUGACAAGUUAAUCUAGCUUUCCAGCCAUCACGCGCGGCGCUUGCCAGUAGAUGGUCAGGAGCGAGUCCCGACUACGCACCGAACAUACCGUCGCAGCAGCCAUGGGACCAACCGCAGGAUGCACCCAAGGGCAUCUUGCAACCAUCCUUUGGUCGACCGGACGUGGAGCCAACUCGCGAGGAUGCCGUCCGCCAGUGCCUUCCAAACGUGCGAACGUGUGGUCCUUUCAUGCAAAUACAGGCGUCGUGCACCAUUCCAUUUGGGCGAACUCUUUGAGAUUGCUCACUCGACCAAGUCGUUGUUGAAGUAGUAGUCUUCGAUGUCCCGCUGCGCCAAAUCAUUCAAGUCGAAGGAGGCGUUCGCGUCGAUCUCGUCGUACUUGACGAACCCGACGUCCAUCCCUUGCAUGAAGCGCUGGCACAUGACGUCCACCAAGUGCGCGCGCCGCUCGUCGAUCGUCAUCUCGUCUUCGUCCUCGGCGCUCUCGUCGUUGUCCUCUUCAUCCGAGGAGUCGACUUCUUCUUCGAAUGCGCUUUCGUCGUCUUCAUCGGUGACAUUGUCUUUGGCAAUCCGCUUCCGUCGGAAUGAGCUACAAUUGGCUCCAGCGAGGACUGGACUACCAGGAGAGGUGGGAAGGGUGGACUCACC